AUGAUGGAGAAUCCCUACGAUCCAAACGAAGAAUCCCAGUUUCACGGUGAAGAAUCCAAAUCUACUGGUCAGCAAGAAGAAUAUCCGAGGUGGCUAACUAUGCCCACGGCAGAAGAGCUGGAAGAACACAUUGAUCCAAGUAUCCACUCCGUCCAAGAAGAAUAUCGUCGACAAGCGAGAGAAUUCAACUGGGCACUCUUAAUGCGGGAACUGCACACCUGGUACCUCAUCCUCAAGUUACACACCAAGAAUUGGUCAAGCGCAAACGCGUUCAAGUGGCUAUGUAAGAAGUUCAAGCUAGCGGCAAAUCGACGGAAGGAGGUUCAGAAAGAGCUGCAAAAUAUCUUAUCGCUCGAUAAUCCUUUCAAGCAACCCGGCCAAAAAUAUACCAUAUCGUACUUUAAAGAGCAAUGGAGGCAUCAGAAAACGUUUCGGGCGGAUCACACCGAUGAAGAGCAGGAGCGGAGAGAUAAACUGAUAAAGAUCUACAAACAUCAGGCAAACAUUGAGCUUUUAAGGCAACGUCUGAUGGAUCCAGAUCUCAAUCUUUUGUCAGAAAAGGAAGUCAAGAAGAUCUUUGAUAAAAUUGAUAAGGUAUCGAAGAAGCUCAAUAAAGAUGCGGCCGAAGCGGAAGCAUUGGGCAUCAAUUUGCCUUCUGGCAAAGAGAACAGUGAUGAGCAGAGGCUGUUACUGCUUUUAUGGAAUUCCAAAAACGAAUUAUACAUUCAGGCAGUCCAACUUCAAGCGGAACGCCAGCCCCUGUUAGAUGCAAAGAAGCUCGGCACUCGGGUAGGAACUGAGCUCAAAGAGAAGAUCCUCAAAGCAAUCGCAACUCGCCGCCCAGCAGUAUUGAUCUACUCGGAGUUCAACCAGAUACGGAUGUGGAUCGCUUUGAUCAACUGGUUCUUCAUGGUUUGGACCGGAGAAGCCGACUUAGAGUAA